AUGGAGCAGCUUAUACCACUGGUCAGCCGGCUCCACCGAAUUCUUGCGUGGACCGGCGAAAGCGGCCUGGAGCUGCCGGCCAUCGCGGUCGUCGGUGCACAGUCGGUUGGCAAGUCCUCCGUGCUGGAAGCGCUCGUCGGACGCCCGUUCCUGCCGAAGGGGACGGGCAUUGUGACCCAGAGACCGCUGAUACUGCAGGUGUGUGAGCUAGGUGGCGCGAAACAGAAUGUGCAGCUGAUGUAUGACGCCGAUGCCGUGGAACACGGCGAGUUCGCGCACAAGCGCGGCGUGAUUUUCGAGGACUUCAACAAAAUCAUGGCCGAAAUCAAGUCGGAGACUGAACGGCUGCUCGGGAACACCAAGAAUGUGUCUCCGGUGCCCAUCUUCCUCAAGAUCGUAUCGCCCAGGGUGGUGGAUUUGACGCUUAUAGACCUGCCGGGCAUCACCAAGGUGCCCGUCGGCGACCAAACGCACGACAUCGAGCACCAAAUACGCGAAAUGAUCAUGGAGCGCAUCAGCAGCCCCUCAUGCAUCAUCCUGGCGCUCACGGCCGCCAACACGGACAUCGCAACUUCCGACAGCCUCCAGAUGGCGCGGGAAGUGGACCCGCACGGACUCCGCACGAUCGGGGUUAUAACGAAAUGCGACAUGGUCGAGGACGGCUUCAACGCGGUGGACGUGCUCCAGGGCCGGGUGUACAAGCUCCGCAGGGGCUACGUCGGCGUGGUCUGCAAGGACAAGUCGGCGGCGCCGGACGCCACACACAGCACUGCCGAGGAGGACGCUUUCUUCACCAACCACCCGAUAUACGGACCUAUCGCAAAACGGUGCGGAAUAAGGCACCUCUCGCUCAUGCUGAACGAAAUGCUCACCUUCCACAUCAAGCAGAUGUUUCCCUGCAUCAAGAGCAAGCUGCUCGCCGUCAUGCACGAGCGCGAGAUGGAGCUUUUGUCGUACGGCUUCGGGUCGAGCGAUUUGAGUGCCUCGCCCGGCGGGUGCCUGCUGCACUUCUUCACGGCGUUCUCUCAGACCUUCAGGGACAUCAUCCACGGCAAGAGGUCGUCGCGGCAGCACUCGACGCAGCUGUUCGGAGGUGCGCGGAUAAACUACAUCUUCAACGACAGCUACCUCAAGACCCUGAAGGCGUUCAGCCCGUUGUCCGGCCUCUCCGACAUUGAGAUACGCACCGCCAUCCGGAACUCCACAGGCCCGGCCUCCGCGCUCUUCGUGCCCGAAAUCGCAUUCGAAAACCUCGUGAAGAAGCAGAUACGCCUGCUGGAAACGCCGUCGCUGCAGUGCGUGGACCAGGUGUACGAAGAGCUGCUCAACAUCCUGGAGAGCUGCGAGAUCCCCGAGCUCAACAGGUUCAUGAACAUGCGCAUGAGGAUGCUAGUUGUGAUCAAGGAGCUGCUAAGGCAGUGCGUCGAGCCGACUAAGGACAUGAUCCGCAACCUGAUAAAGAUCGAGUUGGCCUACAUCAACACCAACCACCCGGACUUCCUCAAGGGGAACGCCAUGGAGAAGGCGUGCAACGCGCAAUCCAAGCAGCAGUCGGCUGGGAGACGUUCGAACGCGUCUACCUCUUCGGGAUACUCGUCAUAUUCGAGCAAUCAAUACGACUAUCAUGGUGAUAGAUACGACGACAGAUUGGGCGUCGCCUCGAGAGAGUCGAAAAAGGACUCCUCGGCGAAACAUGUGGAUAACGCCGGCGACGAGGAGCCGCGGCCGCUGUGGCUGCCGAACAUCCCGAAGGCCGUCAGCCUCGGGACGGAGCCCAGUGAGCGCGAGGUGAUCGAGGCGGAGCUGAUCAAAACGCUCAUCGAAAGCUACUUCUCAAUCGUCAGGAAAAACAUCGCCGACGCCGUGCCCAAGUGCAUCAUGCACUUCAUGGUGAACAAAACCACGGAUUCCAUCCAGCAAGAGCUCAUAUCGCACCUCUACAAACAGGAGCUCUACGAGGAGCUUACUGCGGAGUCGAAGCACAUCAUCCAGCGCAGGGAGCAGUGUCUCGAGAGCCUCAAGUCUCUGCGGCAGUGUGUCGCCGAUCUCAACGAGCUGCUGGACUUCAGGAUCGAGUCGUAG